AUGGCUGCGGGCGUGGAAACCACCCGAGGCUUCCAGGACGUGCAACAGGCGAAGCUGUACGAAGCCAUCGCCGACAACCACAAGGCGUCGUCGGGAGCGAUCGAGGAAAUAUCAGUGGCCUUCGAAGGGCUGAUGCAGAUGGUGUCCAAGCCAGGUACCCCCCCGGUGUCCGCGUCUCGGCCACUACUCGAUUCCGAGAAGGUGGCGGCCUCGGCUUUCCAAGGCUCAGCUCAGGCCGACUCUGGCAAGAUCGACCACGAGGACAAGAUCAAGCAAGUGGGGAUGGCGCCCCACCCCUCUUCGAACGCGUCGUCGGCCACACACAUUCCCCCCAUGGCUUGUGAAGGCAGCACGGACCGCCUCGGCAGCAUGACCACGACGGACAGCGACGAAUCGCCCAUCCUCGCCAAGACGUUCUCGGACUCCACCAGCUUCGGGUACGAUUUUAGCACCAUCGCCUGCACCACAUCGACCCCGGCAGCAAUUUCGGUGAACAUGUCCCUUCCUCACGCUUCAUUCAGCACAGACGGAACCUUCGACGGAAGCCGCACGGACAACGGGCAUGUUUCGUCGGGCUUAAUGGAGUUGGGUAAGGAAAAAAGAGACUAG